AUGGGUAGUAUCUGCAAUUAAAGAAUAGAUUCACCUUAUUAAGAAUUUGAUUUGGAAGAAAUUAUCUUUGGGAGAACAUAUAUUUAUGGACCUCCUUGUAUUGAAAGGCCUUUACCUAUACAAAUUUUGAAGUUUUCUGAUGAUGAUAUUAAUUAUCAAUUCGAAAAAGAACAAUAAUAAUCACCUUAAAAGAUUCAAGUAGAGGAGGAGCCAAUUGUAUAAAUAUCAGUAGGAGAUUUAAAACCAACUGAAGUAAAAUUAUCAGUAGAAGAAGUAUUAAUAUUAAGAGAAUUACCAGAAUUGCGAGAAUAGAAUAGUAUUUCAAAGGAUGAUAGAUAUAGUGAGAUGAAAGACUCUAAUUUUGAAAUUACAAUACACAAAUCUAUUUUAAAACGCAAAAGUUAAAAUACUUCAAAUCCUCAGAGUCCUAAAAAUUAAUUAAAAGAUUCUUAAACAUCAGGUUCUUAAUAAUCCUUUAAAAAAGUCACAUUCGAUAAAAAAUCAAAAGUUAUAUAUAGUAGCUUUAGAAAAAUAAAAUAUUGA